AUGGAUAAGGCACAGCUUCAACAAUUGCUUGACAAUUUACUGUCGGCAGAUAAUGCCGUUCGCAAUGCUGCUGAAGCGGAGUACGAAUCGCUCGUGCAGAGCAACGAUGUGUGGAUGAUGUGCGGCCUGUCAGAGAUUUGCGCUACGACGGAGAGCACGACGUUCAUGCAGAUGGGUCUGGUUCUGCUGAAGAAACUCUUUGGCAGCAAAUCGGAUUGCUUUGCGAAGUCAGAUGCUCAGACCCAGGCGGGUGUGAAGGGAUUGCUCCUACAGGUCCUGGGAAAGGCGGCGUUCGGCCCGCAGCGUGGAUUGGCAGCUGCCUGCGUGAGUGCCUUGGCGGUCAAGUUACACGGUAUGAAUCAGGAGUGGGAGGAGCUUUGGCGGAACAUUUUCCAGAUCCUUGGAAAUGUGGAAUCACAGGGGGAACUCAAGCUCAUCUGCUGCGAGAUCAUUGCUGCCACUGGCACCGUCAUGGCCAACUACUUCACUGCUCACGUUGACAGUAUUGUGGCAGGCAUGAGGAAUUGCCUCACUGACAAGUCCGUGGCAACGAGGAAGGGUGCCCUUGAAGCUGUUAUUAGCAUCGCCAUGUGCGUGCCGGUGUCAAACCUCCAGCAGUUGGUUCCGUUGAUGCUGCAGUCUGUACAGGACGCUCUUAAUGAGUCUAACUGGGAUGACGCGGAAAAGCUGACAGCAAAGCUCGCCGACGGUGUUGCUAACUCUGCCGCUCUCUUCGAGAGACACACCGGUGCGCUGCUGCAGGGACUGAUGGAGGUUGCGUCGGCGCCCUCAGUGGCGCCAGGAGCCCGUCACAUGGCGAUUGAGACAUUGGUGACAUACUGUGAGAGCGAGCCCAAGACAGUCCGCAAGGUGCCGAAUUUCUCUACGUCAUUCCUGCAGCUCCUAUUUCAGUACACACUGAACCCUGUGCUGCCGGACAACUGGGAUAACAUGGGCGUCAAUGCAGACGAGGAUGAGCUUGAGGAGGCCAGCGAUGAUGCUGUUGGAUGCAGUGGUAUUGACCGCGUGGCGUCGGCGCUUGGCGGCAGGAAGCUGGAGGCAUUGGCGCAGCAGCUUUUUUCGGAGAACAUUCACUCAACCGACUGGAAGCGACGAAACGCAGCCAUUCUUCUUAUUACUUAUGCCGCAGAGGGAAUGGUGCCUGUUCUUGAAAAGCAUUUGGAACACAUCGUUCCAGCUGUGGUGCCUGCACUUCAGGACGAGGUUAAAUAUGUCCGUGCAAGCGCGUUGGAUUGUCUCACUCAGCUCUCUUGUGAUUUUGCGCCACGCUUGCAGGAAUCUUUGUGCCACUGCGUUCUUCCAGGGGUCAUGGAGUGCCUCAAGGACAGCGUCCCUGCUGUUGCCACACGCGCCGCACGCUGCAUAGACUCGUUUUUUGACAGCUGUGAGGGAGAAAAUGACGAUGAUGAUGGUGAUAACAAAGAGGCCUUGAUUCACUUGUUUGAGGGCUAUAUUGAAGGCCUGUGUGUGUCGCUGGUAACAUUGCUGAGGCAGACUUCACAUCAAUUCCUGCGGGAAGACUGUCUCGGUGCCCUAUCCUCCGUCAUAUCGACAUGCAAGGGCCUGUUGAAGCCGUAUGUCAACCAUCUUGUCCCUGUAUUUCAGGAGGUGCUGGCGAUGCCGGAGUCGCCAGAAACCGUUACGAUGAAGUGUAAGGCUAUUGAGUGCACCACGCUCUUGGCGUGCGGUGUGGGGAGGGACUGUUUCGGCCCGUACGCACAGGAGAUGUGCAACUAUCUGCGCGACCUCCUUGAACACAUCGCAGGGGGAACGAAGAACGACGAUAUGCGCCUCCGGUAUGUUCUUCGCGGCUGGACGUGCAUGACAGAGUGCCUCAAGGAGGAUGUGGUGCCCUACAUGCAGAUUGUGAUGCCAGUGCUCAUUUCCAUGAUGAACGUGGAGUGUGACACGCAGGUGGAGAACGCCGAGGUUGGCUGCGAUGACGACGAGAAUGACGACGACGAACACGAGAAGGAUGUGACAACGAUGCGUGUGGUGGUGCCUGGUGUUGGCGUUAAGAAGGUGAAGGUGCACACGGGCCUCAUCGAGGAAAAGGACCUUGCCGCCAGCGUCGUAAGUGCCAUGCUGACCUACGUCGGCAAGCACCUCGGAUCGCACCUGCACCCCAUCACGGAGUCUGCGGUGCGGCUGCUCGACUUCCAGUCCGACUCCUCCAUCCGCGAGAGCGGGGCGUUGAUUUUAGACGGCGUGCUUGACGCGUGCGAGCCGGCGGAGCAGGCGCAUCUGGCUGCCAUCGUGCUGCAGCCGCUGCUGAACCAAUACGCGGAGGAGGAUGACUUGGAGGUGUCGAGCGCCAUGUCGGUGGUGAUUAGUCGCUGCAUUGACUGCGCACCGACUCUUGUGUCGCCCGACACGGUGGCGGCGAUCGGCGAAAAGGUGCACGGCGUGUUGGAGCGCGCGAUGGGGGAUCGCUCGCAGAGCCUACAGUCCCAGCGCGAAGAGAACGACGAGGACGAGCUUGACCGGCUGAAGGAGGAGGAGGAGGAAGCCGACGCUCUCAUCCGCGACACGUGCGAGCUCCUCGAGAAGAUGCUCGAGCGCGCCGGUUCCGUCUUUGCGCCGGUGUUCAUGUCGACGUUCUCACAGGCGCUGGAGAUGAUGCUGCGGGCGGAUGAGAAGGACCAAAUGGUGUUGUGCGGCAUCGGCUUGCUCUGUAGCCUCGUCGAGCACACGCCAGACCACGUCACAGGCUUUAUUCCGACAAUUGCGAUGAGUGCCCUCAACUUCGCUCGCAGGCGCACCGACCCGAGCGUGAUGCAGUCCUCUUUCUACCUCAUGAACCUGCUGCUGCAGUACUACGAGCGCCGCGCCAACCCAUCCGGGCCGGAUUUUGCCAAGCAGACGCUGGAGAUCUUCUCGAAUUACACCGCCGUCCCGCACGACAAGAGCCACGAAGGCGCCAUCUGCAACGCCGUCAGUAUGGCCGUGACGUUGCUCACGCUGUACUGUCAGGCAAUGCCGGCGCCGCAGGUCGCACAGACGCUGGAUCGCGUUAUCAGCUGCCUUCCUGCUGGCGGCGAUGACGUGGAGGCAUGCCGUCUUCACGAACGUGUGCUGAUGUGGGUGGUGCAGACGCACCCGCUGCUGCAGGGCAACGCCGAGCACGCCAAGAACAUUGUCAUGCGACUCAAGACGGCGGGAGCGGAUGUGUUGAACAAGUCCACGCAGGACCAGCUGGCGUACAUGUGA